AUGUCGACAGCCAGAGCGUUCCGGGGCAGCAACGUCCUCCUGCGGGCCGCGAGGACAAGGCCGGUUGUUGCUCUUCCUCGCGAGUCUCGCCGCAGCUUCACCGCUUCAGCUCCGAGCCUGUCGAAGUUUUACGACAACUGGGAGCCUGAGGGUCCAACAGUCAAGACUGAGAUCCCAGGUCCCAAGUCCCAGGAGCUCAUCAAUAAGCUCAACGAGGUCUUCGACACCCGGAGCUUGAACAUGCUCACGGACUAUUCUAAGAGCUCUGGUAACUACAUUGCCGAUGCUGACGGCAAUGUCCUGCUGGAUGUUUAUGCCCAGAUUGCUUCCAUUCCCCUCGGCUAUAACAACCCAACUCUGCUGAAGGCCGCCCGCAGCGACGAGAUGAUCAACGGCAUCAUCAACCGCCCUGCCCUGGGCAACUUCCCACCUACCGACUGGGCUGAUGUGCUCAAGUCCGGUAUCCUCAAGGUUGCCCCGAAAGGUCUCAACCAAGUCUUUACUGCUAUGGCUGGCUCCGACGCAAAUGAGACUGCCUUCAAGGCUGCCUUCAUGUGGCGCCGCCAACGUGACCGUGGCGGGUAUAACGUUGAGUUCACUGAAGAGGAGCUGCAGUCUGCCAUGGAGAACAAGGCGCCAGGUGCCUCAAAUCUCUCCAUCCUCAGCUUUAGGACUGCCUUCCACGGCCGUCUUUUCGGCACUCUUUCAACUACCCGAUCCAAGCCUAUCCACAAGAUCGACAUCCCAGCCUUUGACUGGCCCCAGGCCACUUUCCCCAAGCUGAAGUAUCCGCUCGAUCAGUUCGCGGCUGAGAACGCUGCCGCUGAGAAGGCCGCCCUGGAAGAGGUUGAGCACCUCAUCCAGCACUAUCACGUCCCCCCAGCUGCCGUCAUCGUCGAGCCGAUCCAGUCCGAAGGCGGCGACAACCACGCCUCUCCCGCCUUCUUCCGCGGCCUGCGCGAAAUCACUCGCAAGCACGGCGUCCUGCUGAUUGUAGACGAAGUCCAGACCGGUGUUGGCGCCACGGGUCGCUUCUGGGCCCACGAACACUGGGACUUGCCUCACCCCCCUGACAUGGUCACUUUCAGCAAGAAGGCUCAGACCGCGGGUUAUUACUUCGGCAACCCUGAGCUGCGCCCAAACAAGCCGUACCGCCAGUUCAACACGUGGAUGGGAGACCCGGCGCGGGCCCUGCUCUUCCGCGCUAUCAUUGACGAGAUUGAGCGGCUCGACCUUGUGCGCCAUACUGCUAAGGUCGGUGACUACUUGUUCCAGAAGCUGGAAGAUCUCGCGGUCAGGUUCCCGGGCCAGUUCGAGAACCUCCGCGGCAAAGGCAUGGGUACCUUUAUUGCGUUUGACCACCCGAACCGGGACGAGUUCCUUAUUAAGGCGAAGAAGUUUGGCAUUAAUAUCGGCGGUAGCGGACAGUCGGCUGUGCGAUUGAGGCCGAUGCUAGUGUUUGAGGAGAAGCAUGCUGAUAUUCUGGUGGAGGCGUUGGAGAAGGUUGCGAAGACAUUCUAA